AAUGAGAGAAUAGCAUUUUGUUCUUCCUCAUUUUUCGUUUAUUUUUUUUCUUUUGUAAAAGAAGUUUUGUAUACAGUCACUCUUUACAUGUAGCUGAGCUCUGAGCUCUUCCUUCAAUCAGUUCAUAGGAGGAGAUGGCGUCUUCUUCACAAAAUGUGGAGUUAGAGGCGGCAAUGUUUCUGCAUAAACUCAUACAAGAUUCUAAAGAUGAGCCUUCAAAGCUGGCGACAAAACUUUAUGUGAUAUUGCAACACAUGAAAUCUAGUGGGAAGGAACAUUCAAUACCGUUUCAAGUAAUAUCAAGGGCGUGGGAGGCUGUUAUCAACCGACAUGGUCUUGAUCUGGAGUUUUUGAAAUCAUCACAGCUCCCUACUCCCGGGUCUCAAACAGUGGAUUCUACGUCUGGACAAUUUGUUGGAUCUUCUCAGGCUGUUGCAAUUCCAAAAGACUCUAAAGCAGGUCUGUCCCAAAAUGAGAUACCUAAAUUUGAUUCAUUUUCGGCCAACAGGCCGCCUGUUGUCCCAAGCAUUGCCGGACUUGAGUAUUAUCAAGGAGUUGAAACUCACAGGGGUGGUCAGUCUUUUGAUCAAGGAAGCCCAUCAAGUUUGGAAACCCGGUCUGCUAACUCGCAGUCACAAGACAAACAAAUGAAUCAAAAUGAUAGUAAGAAGGGUGCUACUGCAACUAAACGAAAGAGAGCUGAUUCAUCAGCACCAUUGGAACCAAAUUUUGAUGAAUCUCUUACUGCCGUUGUUGAUCAUAGGAAAGGGAAGAUGAAUAAGGCUGAAACAUCUGGCACUGCUAACUACACCAUGGUCGCAAGUACUAGACAAAUGGAACGUUUUCCAUCCCCACCUGGAAAUAUGAGAUCAAUGCAUAGAGGCAGACAGGAUGGACAGAAUGUAACAGAAAACCUAGUUGAUUCGACAAAUGUUAGCAAUUUGAUGUCACGUACUCCUAGCUCAAAGUAUCCUGAAGAGGUGGAAGUUUCGUCUGCACAAAAUAUACCUAGACAACAACAAGGGGGACUACCUGGUGCACAUGAAAUUCUUUCCUCUAGGGGCAAGGCCGGGGUACCCUUUGACAGAUCUCAACUUAACAGGUUUUCUCCAACUGUUUCUGGCAAUAUGACAACAGAAAUUGCAUCACAGCAGUUGAUGCAUGCAUCUGUUAUACCAGGUUCUUUUGGGAAGGUUCAAGGCCUGGCUGCCCCAUCGAACUCAUAUAAUGUAGGUGAGCUAGCAUAUUCAGAUUCAGGUCAAUUUAAUGGUUCUGAGAGUCAGAAGCAUGGAUUGUCCAAAAGUUCUGUAGCAAGUCCUGAUGGGUUGUCAUCAACUCUUUCUGCUGGAAAAGUUUUGGAGCGUGAUGGAGGAAGUCCAAAUAUGCUAGCAGAUGUAAAUAAGAUAGCUCAGGCUGGCAGGAAACAGAGUACCUCAGAAAUGAAUAUGCUUAGGGCCAUGGCCCCAAGAGAUAUAAGGAAGUCUCCUUCCUCUCAAUCUGCUUCAUCUGGCAUGCCCUUCAAGGAACAACAGUUGAAACAGCUUAGAGCCCAGUGCCUCGUUUUUCUAGCUUUCAGAAAUGGCUUAAUGCCAAAAAAGUUGCAUCUUGAAAUUGCGCUUGGAAACAUAUCUCCGAGAGAAAUUGGCAAUACAGAUGGUCCUUGCAAAGAUUUGAUUGACCAUAGAGGCAGAGCACAGACUUCGAAUGAGCCAAGUAGCAUAUCUGAAGUUGCAAUGUCAUUUGGAAGGAUGAAUAAUGCACCUCCAGCUUUAACGUCUAUAGGAAGAUUUCCAGAGGCUGAUUCCUGGUCAAAAGAAGCAGAAACUUUAAAAGUGGGGACUAAUGCCCCGACUUCUGAUCUUUCAGCAAUUGUGGAGGAAAGGAAACAUAUUCCAGCUGCAAGGAAGGCAGAGGGUGAUAUUCAGAGCCAAGAGACAGUGGAACCACAGGCAUACCUACCUACAAUGUCUCGACAGCCCGACUCUGCUACUACAAAGGAUGGUUUUACUUUUCAUAUGGAUAGCAUGGAGAAUGGCCAUUUGCAAGUUGGAAAGGCUGAUCUAGCCUCAUCUAUAAUGGAUAGUAAUAAACAAGUGAACCCUGAAAUGAUGGGCUGGUCUGGAGUUGGCUUUCAUCAUGAGGUUUCUAGGGCAUCUUUGCCAGCAGCUGCUGUACAGCAUGAUUUGGUGCUAGAAAGAAACGAAACAGCUCUGCACUUUCAAAGUCCUGAGCAAGAUGAGCAGGAUAAAUCUGUAUCAACUGAUUCAUUUUCAUCUCCAAAGCAUACUAUGUCUGAGAAAUGGAUUAUGGAUCAGCAGAAACGGAGGUUCUUUGUUGAGCAGAAGUGGGUUGCAAAGCAGCAAAAAACAAGGCAAAGAAUUGUUACUUGUUUCACGAAAUUAAAGGGAAAUGUGAGCUCAUCUGAUGAUAUAUCUGCAAAAACCAAAAGUGUUAUAGAAUUGAAGAAACUCCAAUUAUUAGAGCUUCAACGUCGCCUACGGAGUGAUUUUCUGAAUGACUAUUUUAAACCGAUUGCAAAUGAUAUGGAUCGCCUGAAAUCAUACAAGAAACAUAGACAUGGUAGAAGGAUAAAACAACUUGAAAAAUAUGAGCAAAAAAUGAAAGAAGAGCGACAAAAGAGAACACGUGAGAGGCAGAAGGAGUUUUUCAGUGAGAUAGAAGUUCACAAGGAGAAGCUGGAUGAUGUGUUCAAAGUUAGGAGAGAAUGUUGGAAAGGUUUCAAUAGGUAUGUGAAGGAAUUCCAUAAGAGAAAGGAGCGUAUACAUCGUGAGAAGAUAGAGAGAAUUCAGCGCGAGAAGAUUAACUUACUCAAAAUCAAUGAUGUAGAGGGUUAUUUGCGAAUGGUUCAGGAUGCUAAAUCGGAUCGUGUUAAGCAACUAUUGAAAGAAACUGAGAAAUAUCUUCAGAAACUUGGAUCCAAGUUACGGGAUGCAAAGUCUAUAGCAAGCCGCUUUGAGAAUAAUAUGGAAGAGGUGCGAACUGCCAGUGUUGUUGAGAAUGACACUGCUAUUGAGGAUGAAGAUGAGGCAAAGCACUACAUGGAAAGCAACGAAAAGUACUACCUGAUGGCUCAUAGCAUAAAAGAAAACAUCAGUGAGCAACCAACAUUUCUUAAGGGUGGAAAAUUAAGAGAGUAUCAGAUGAAUGGCCUUAGGUGGCUGGUUUCACUCUACAACAAUCAUCUGAAUGGCAUUCUCGCUGAUGAAAUGGGCCUUGGCAAAACUGUUCAGGUUAUUUCUCUUAUUUGUUAUCUGAUGGAAAACAAAAAUGAUAGAGGACCGUUUUUAGUGGUUGUACCAUCUUCAGUUCUUCCUGGAUGGGAGUCAGAAAUCAAUUUCUGGGCUCCUGAGAUACACAAAAUUGUUUAUUCUGGAACUCCAGAAGAGAGGCGUAGAUUAUUCAAGGAGAGGAUUGUACAUCAGAAAUUUAACAUUAUCUUGACAACGUAUGAGUAUCUAAUGAACAAGCAUGAUAGACCAAAGUUGAGCAAAAUUCAUUGGCACUACAUUAUAAUUGAUGAAGGUCAUCGGAUAAAGAAUGCUUCUUGCAAGUUGAAUGCAGAAUUAAAGCACUAUCAGAGCUCUCAUAGAUUGCUUCUGACUGGAACACCUCUACAGAACAAUCUUGAGGAGUUGUGGGCAUUGCUCAAUUUCUUAUUGCCUAAUAUAUUUAAUUCAUCGGAGGAUUUUUCUCAGUGGUUCAACAAGCCAUUUGAGAGUAAUGGGGAUAGCUCUGCUGACGAAACCCUACUAUCCGAGGAGGAAAAUUUGUUGAUCAUUAACCGUCUCCACCAAGUUCUUCGACCUUUUGUACUUCGAAGGCUGAAGCAUAAGGUUGAAAAUGAGCUUCCUGAGAAGAUUGAGAGGCUUGUAAGAUGUGAAGCUUCUGCUUAUCAAAAGCUUUUGAUGAAGAGGGUUGAAGAAAAUCUUGGCGCGAUUGGAAAUUCAAAGGCUCGAUCGGUGCAUAACUCUGUUAUGGAGCUUCGUAAUAUAUGCAAUCAUCCAUAUCUUAGCCAGCUUCAUGUAGAGGAGGUUGAUAAUUUAAUACCACAGCAUUAUUUGCCACCAAUUGUUAGGCUUUGUGGCAAGCUUGAGAUGUUAGAUCGAAUACUCCCCAAGCUGAAGGCAACUGAUCAUCGGGUUCUCUUCUUUUCCACCAUGACUAGGCUACUAGAUGUUAUGGAAGACUAUCUCACUUUUAAACAAUACCGCUACCUUCGGUUGGAUGGGCAUACAUCUGGCGGUGAUCGUGGUGCACUUAUUGAAAAGUUUAAUCAACAAGGUUCUGACUUUUUCAUAUUUUUGCUCAGUAUUCGGGCUGGUGGUGUUGGAGUAAAUCUUCAAGCUGCUGAUACUGUUGUAAUAUUCGACACUGACUGGAAUCCUCAGGUUGAUCUGCAAGCACAAGCAAGAGCUCAUAGGAUUGGCCAGAAGAAGGAUGUACUUGUUUUACGAUUCGAAACAGUUCAAACAGUCGAAGAACAAGUUAGAGCUUCUGCUGAACACAAAUUGGGAGUUGCUAAUCAGAGUAUCACUGCAGGUUUCUUUGACAACAAUACAAGUGCUGAAGACCGUAGGGAGUACUUAGAGUCCCUCCUGCGUGAGUGUAAGAAAGAGGAAGCUGCCCCCGUGUUAGAUGAUGAUGCUCUAAAUGAUCUAUUGGCCCGCAGUGAGCCUGAGAUUGAUGUAUUUGAAUCAAUGGAUAAACAAAGGCGGGAAGAAGAGACGGCAAAGUGGAGAAAGUUGGUAGUUGGAUCAGGGAUGGCCAGCUCCAAGCCUUUACCCCCUCUGCCAUCUCGCCUUGUUACAGAUGAUGACUUGAAAACAUUUUAUGAAGCAAUGAAAUUGUAUGAUGUACCCAAGACGGGGGUGCAGCCUAACGUUGGGGUAAAACGGAAGGGUGGAUCACUUGGUGCUCUUGAUACUCGGCACUAUGGGAGGGGAAAACGAGCAAGAGAGGUGCGCUCGUAUGAAGAGCAAUGGACAGAAGAGGAGUUUGAAAAAAUGUGUCAAGCUGACUCACUUGAAUCUGCCGAAUUGAAGGAAGAAGCUGUUGAGAGGAAACUGCCAAAAAAUGCUAUGAUAGGGACUGUUAAUAGCACAGAACCUCAAGCCCCAGCCCCAGCUCCAGCCUCAACCUUGGCUCCAGCUCCACUUCCUCCAUUACCACAACCAGUACCGGUGGAACUUGCACAUCAGCCACCUCAGCAGAACAAAGAUGCAACACCACCAUCUAAACGGGGCCGUGGAAGGCCAAGAAGAGCACCUGCAGAAAAAUAUCCCACUACAGUGUUUCCAGCACCUUAUGGAACCAGUAAAUUGGAUGUCGGGUUACCGAAAUCAACGGAUACUAGCUCAUCAGCAUUUCCUGCUCCUGAUCCUCACAAUUGUACAGGAGUGUCUCUGAAUUUGCCACCAAGUACGCCCUCUGUUUCUGCUAUUCCUGAUGAAUCUACCCCACCUGGAUUCUCUCCUCCAGUAGAAUCAAAAGGACAAGGACGAAGGGCUCAAAAUGGAGGACAGGCACCUAGUCGCAGGGGAAAAAAACAAGAGCCAGCAUUCAGCCCUAUUGUUGAGGGUUUAGCUGGUCCUGCUCCAGAAAUAAAUGAGCAAUCUCAGGUUGUAUCAGUUAAUCCACCAGAUAGUCAAGCUGUUGCUAUAAGUAGGACAGUUCCUGGUGUUUCAAGUGCUCCCGGUCCCAUGGCUGCGGGGACAAAUCCUGUACCAAUUUCUGCUGGUACCAAUCAUCCAUCUGAUGCAGGGUUUAGUUUGAACUCUCAGACGCUUCAUACUUCCUCGGUCGCUCCAAUUGCUCAGUCAAAUCUUCCUUGCCUUACUGUACCUGUCCAAGUUAAAGGCCAAGGUCGCAAGGCUCAAAGUGGGGUAGGAACACCUCGACGUAGGGGAGAGAAACAGGCACAAAUAUCAGCUGCUGCUCUGGAUGUUUCAAUUGGUCAGGAUUCAAAAUUGAAUCAUCAAGCACAGUUUAAAUCUACAGAGGCAUCACCAAGUAAAGUCAUUGCUAUGGAAGGCAAUCAAGAAAACAAUGCUUGUGAUCUGGCAAAAGUUAUUCAAGAGCAAGGGCGGGGGACUAGUUCACCUGCUAUCGUAACUGGUCAGGAUAAACAUUCUACUGUACAUGGUAAUUUACCUCAAAGCAAGCAACCAGAAAGCUCACAGCAUGUGCACAACAGUACUGCCAUGAUUCUUGGGCCUGCUGUGGGAAAAAUUCAACAAAACAAUGUGAAUGAGAAAGCUUCUGUGAUUUCAGUGGUUUCAUCUGAAUUCAACUCUCAGAAAGCUAAGUCUAGUGAGGUAUGUGGUAACCAAGGUGGUGCUCUGAAUGUUGUUCCCGGAUUAAGUCAGAUUGCAGUUGAAGUAGUACAGAAUCAAAUUUCAGAAGCUAAAGUGCAUCCAACUAUUCCAAUUGGGAAAACUGAACCUUCAGUUCCUAUUACAACAACAGAUUCUUUGCCUACAUCAAUUCCUUUAGCAGAUGCGAGUAAAACCAUCCCUAAUCUUGGUGAAAGGAUUGCUCCGAGCUCUGAGCCUUAUCCAACUUCUGCUCCUGCUGCUUUUGAACCUCAGUUUGUCCCUGCUUUUCCUGCUGAAUCUAUUCAAAGUAGAAGGCCAAGUCGUAAGACCACAAACAGGGCAGAAGCACCUAGGCGCCGAGGAAGGAAAUCUGCAACUCCUGAUGCUUCAUCUGGCCUGGACUUGAAAGUAAAUUAUCAGCCCCAGAAUACAUCAAAGGAUUUAUUGGUCAAUAGAGCUACUGCAGGGAAGAGCAAUCUAGAGUGUUGCCCUCAUGAGCAGGUCAAUGUCACCCAGGUACAUGCAUCUGAAGUUCAUUCUCCAAAUGCUUCAGUUGUUCAUGAUUCAAUGAGAAAAUUGACUGGUGCAGUCCCAGCAUUUAGUCGAAGUGCGACUGCUGAUGUGAAUGAUGUUGCCCGAGUGAUGAAGGAGAUUUUCUCUGAAACCUGCUCAUCAAAGAAUAAAGUUGGCAAACCUGCUGGGAUUGAGGGAAAAAACAUAACUACUGCACCAUUAUCAAGCAAGACAUCUGAGGAGGCAGUUAAGAACGAAAGUUUAGAUGUUAAGUCAGCUGUCAGCACACCGGGUCCUGUAAAAACUGCUUCAGCUAGUGAUGUUCCAAAAGUAAAAGGUAAAAAGCAGAUGGAGAAUGAAGCUGAUACUAAAGAACUGGAGGACAAUGCAUCUCUUGCGAUUAAGGUCCCUGUUCUUGAGAGAGCUGAUUCAUUGAAGCCUGAAUGCAAGACCCGUAGUGGCUCAGAAAACAAUGCACAUUCAAAAACGAUUCCAAGUGACAAUUCAAUUACAGAUGCGGUGGUUGAUUGUACGCCUCCUCUCAGUGCUGGUGACAUAAAAGAUGAGGCUCAUGGAACUCCUCCUGGUGGUGAUCAAACUGGUUCUAGGAUUCAACUGGGCUCACCCAGUCCAAUGGACCUGCUUCAAGGUGCUGAGAGUAAUAAAACCAACAGAGAGCCUUCUUUUAAAGAAUCUCCCAAAGCUGACAAUAAUGGUGAUGAUUCCACAAUGGUUUCAUCUUGUUCAGGUGCUGUGUUACCCACUAUUAAUGUUUCUGAAGCCAAAAAAGAAAGGUUCGGAAUGACUAGAUCUAUUGUUGUUGAAGGUCCAGAAACUUCAGGAAAUACAAAUAAUCAUAGAGCUAGUUCUGGGGUUGAUGAUACAGCUACAGCCCAUGGGGCUUCUACUUUGGAUGAUUGUCCUGUUGAGAACCUAGGUGUGCAGGGUCAGUCUGGUGGCAAUGAAGCUAAGGAUGAUAUUAUACCUGAACUGGUUCCUUCAACUGAAUCUGCUGAUACGGAGCUUGUUCCACUAGAUGUUGGAGCCAUGCAACGAUACCUGGUGGUUGGAGAUAAGGAGGGUGAUGGUGUUGAGAUUCACAAUAUGGAAGUAGAUCCCUGUGAGACAGAUUUUUCUUCUUUGAAAGACUUCAUUGCUGAUUCAGCCAGCAGCAGGGGUCCUGCUCCAGAUGUUGAUGGUGGGAAGCAACUUUCUGUCGGAGUUGAAACUAUGAAGGGUGAUAGUGUUGAAGUUUGUGAUCCGGAAGAUAGACCCUCAGAAACACAAUUAUCUGAGCCAGCUUUUCCACCUUUGGAAAUAGCAGUUCCUGUUUCUGAUAUGUUAGGGGACAAGAAUAUUGAACCGUUCAGGAAAGACGCUGAUGUAAAAGAGUCUGAGGAGAAACCUUGUAUUCUGGUUAUGACCUCUACAAUGGAAAGUGCUUGUCCAGUAACUCAGUGCCAGGAUGCCAUUGGGCCUGAGAACAUUUCAGACUCUAAACUGUUUUCCUCUGAAAUCUUAAAAACUGAGAGUGCCAUGGAGGUUGAUUGUAAAAAUCGUCAUAGUGCUAAUGAGAAAGAAGAUUUUGAUACCAAGGGAGCAAAGAGUCCUAAUAGAGAAAACACUGAUCUUGCCGUUGUGUCUUCUAGCAAUCAAAUAGGAAUGUCCGUGGCAUCUCCUAGUAAGGUGGAUCAUCAGUUCAAUCAAAAUGAAAACAAGACAGAGAUCUCUUCAGAAAAUUCUCCAGAUUUGACUCAUUGUGAAAGUAAAGAUUCUGAAUCUACCAUUGAUUCUAGAAAAGCCAGUGAUGCUUGUAAUGUUGCUGCUUUGGUCCCGCCUACUUUUGUCAUGAUGGAGCCUAAAGUGUCCAGUUCCGAAGGCAAAGAAAAGGCUUCAUUGGAAUCUUCAAAAUCAGCUGCACUUGAUAGGGUUGGUGUUGCUUGUGAUUAUUCUGGACUGAAUGCAGUAGUUCCCUCGAGUCCAGGCCAUUCAAUUCGUGGAUAUCUUCCUGAUCCAAUUGCAAUUCCAUCUGAAGACAAUGCAGAACCUUCUGCUAGAGAGUCGUCGGAAUCUUCUUUCAACGCUGGAAGUGUUGACCACCCGGAAGAGUCUUUACCUAUUAUUGCAUGUCCGGACAAGUCGGGUACAGUGAACAUAACUGCUAUGGUUGAGAACAGUUCUGAAUGCAAAUUAGAGCCUUCUGCUGAUAAGUCGGGCACAGUGGAGGCACCUUCUAUGGUUGAUAAUAAUUCAGAACUUGAAGCAGAGCCUUCUUUGAAAUCACAUCUGGAAGCCUCUGCCCCUGAUGUUGGAAACCUUCAAAGUGCUGCAAUGUCUGCAAAACCUGAUGAAGAUGCUCAUCUUCUGACUUCAAAUAUUUCAUCGAGUCCUGCUUGUUCAGGCAUGGUGGAACUUCCUGCUAUUACUGAGAAUGAAAUGGAAAAGGAAACAGAACCAUCUAAUCGGAGUGAAAAUACAAGGAAUUCAGAAUCAGAACCUGUGGACUUGUUUGCUUCUGAUUCUGCUAUUAUAGCACAUACGCCAAAAGAUGAUGAAGAGCAACAGCCAUCAGCUGUCGAAAGGGUAGAUAACUCUGUUGAUGUUAGCAAUGCGGAAGCAGACCCCACUGUGCAACCAGUGUCUUAUCUGAAGGUUUUUAGGAACCAUGGUGAGGUGAAGCCCUCGGAUACACAUGCAACUUCAUUGGAAGUUACCACCGACUUCCUCAAGAGAGAACAUGAUCUGAAUGGUCGGUCUCAUGAGCUCAUAGUACCCAAAAAGACACAGGCUGAUCAUGUUGAGGCUACUACUGAAUCAAACUCCACAGAAGCUCAGGCAUCUUUGCCGCUAUUUGGCAAUUCUGAUAAUAAAGAGCUUGUUCAGAGGUCUGAAGCUGAUUGUGUUGCAGCCUGCAAUGAGGAGUUAGACCCCUUAGGAGGACCAUCCUCAGCACAAGCCGUCUUUGAUGAUUCUUUCCAUCCUGCUGAUAAUAAACCAGAGCUUACACAGGCAUCUGAGGUUGUUGAGGCCUGCAUUGUAGAAUCAAAUCCCACACCUGGACCAUCCUCAUUACAAGACAUUUCUAAUGAAUUCACCAAUCCAGAGUUUAAACAAAAUGAAGUCAGAACUGAGAUCUGUUAUGAAGAUCAUGCCGGGGCUUCUAAGCAAUCUAAGGAGGUCAAAACUGCUGGUGUCUCUGAUAUGGAAAUAGACCCUAACGAAAAAAAGGAUCCUUCACCCGAAUUGGAAGAUGCUAAUACUUCUGAGCAGCCGGCGGAUGAAACUAAUGCAUAGAUUAACAAAGAUCAAGGGUUGGCCUCAUGGUUUUCUUUUGAUACCCUUAGGGUUUGCCAAAGCUGAAUCAUUAUAUCAAAAUUUGUAUAUGUUUUAUCUUGGUCUCUAUUACUAGUUGUAAAUACGUAUGCUCAAAGAGUACUAGAAGACAGCUGUUGACUGUCAUCUCCAAUGAUUGAAUGAAUUGAGUAGAAAAGGCUGAAGAGU